AUGAGUCCCGCAAACAUAACGCUAUGGGCGCGCGACACCACCAGCGACCUGGAGUCGAUCCCGUCAACUUUCUCCAGCUGGGAUAAAUGUAUGGCCAAAUCAUACUGCAAGUGGCCAGUUAUCGUCGGCAUCAUCGUUGGUUCGGUGAUUCUUCUCGCUGUGUUGGCAUGCAUCUUCAAUUGUCUCUGCUGCGGAUACCAGUGUUGUAAAUGCUGCUGUAGCUGCUGCUGUCCAUCUGGAAGACGGAGAAACAAAACCCCAAAGCAUUUUGAUGACCCGACCUUCCAUCAGCCUCCUCCGCCUGCGCCAAAUCCAAUCUAUCAAGCGCCCCCAGCUCCUCCAGUCUAUCGCGGCGCUCAGCAGACUGCGCGCUUUGAUGCGCCGAAGUCACCCGCAGUCCAAGUGAAUGAGGAUGCUCUUCCUGAGAUGCCUACGUGGGCUGGUGCCAAGGACAAGCAUAUCGAGGACCAGGAUCACCACGAAGACGUCGAAUUGGCAGCUCUGAACCCCCCAGACCGGAAGCAGGGUGCUGGUACCCCUGGCGCCGCCUAUUCGGAUUAUUCUCCCAACCCUAGCAUGGCAGGCGGCUACAGAGGCUUCGCACCGACCGACCCAUACGCACGUCGGUCACCAGGCCCCGGCACCGCAUUGACUCCGACCCAGGAUCCAUAUGCGCGACGCUCGCCAGGUCCAGCGGCAGCCCUAGCCGCGACCCAAGAUCCCUACGGAAGACGAUCCCCAGGCCCAGGCGCCGCAUUCGCCGCAGCACAGGAUCCCUAUGCUCGGCGAUCGCCAGGCCCAGCGGCAGCCUUAGCCGCGACCCAAGAUCCCUACGGAAGACGCUCGCCCGGCAUCGUGCCCCCAGCAGCAGCCGUCGACCCCUAUGCACGACGAUCACCCGGUCCCGGACUCGCAUACAGCACCCCAGACCCAUAUGCGCCCCGCUCACCAGGCCAGACCUCGCCCAUGACCCCGCACAAUCCAUACGACCAGUCCUACAACGACAAUUACGGCGCAGGCGCAGGUUACCACGCCGUGACCUCCCCUUCCCCCGUCGCUGGCUACAACCCUACCACGCAAUACAACAACACGCCCAUGGCCCUCUCCACAGAAGACCACAGCCCAACCCCAGGCUUCCAGCGCCAGCCUUCCUUCGGCUCAAGUCAAUACCCACCAACCUAUACAUCCCAGCCUGCAUACCGCGGCUAUUCGCCUGGUGCUACUUCCCCUCCUCCUGCUUUCUCGGCUUCGACUACCGAGUACGCUACAUAUAACCCGCAUAACGCUGCUACAACUCCUGAGCCGGAUCAUACUCGGCCCCCGAGUUUGCUGCAGAGUGGUAAAAAGCCCAAUCUCAAUGCCUCAAGUAACUUUUGA